CAAGUGCAUGGCGACAGCGAUUGUAUUAAUAUGUCGGCAUACCCGAAAAGACUGUCAACCGAUGUCAGUGUACAAAAUUGUGAGAAAUGAAUGAAUUCCAGCACAGAAGAUAUAUUCACGAAGUCUGAAACUGAAGAGAGAACGUAUUUGUGAUCAUGGAUCCAAAAUCUCCUUCAAGACCUUCAUCUGGAUCACGGUCACGCCCAGGUUCUGGAACAAUGACUAGUGCUCCUUCUGGUUCCAAGUCAUCACGUCCAUUAUCAGCCAAGCAGAAUACCUCCCUUGCCCCUGAAAGUCAGCCUCCAGAAGCCAAACCUUCUGUCCCUGCAAGGCAGUCUUCAUCCACCAAACCACCACCCCACCCCACCCCACCCCCACCAAGACCACCUUCUCCCCAGGUCAAAGUUCAAAUCCACCCCCACCUGCACAGUCCUCAGGCCCCCUUCCCCCACCUGUAGCACCUCCACCCAUGCUGCCAGACAGUUCUUCAGAAACAGGACUGUUUUCAUUCAGCAGUCAACCGGAAUUAGUGCCAGGCUCCAGGACUAAAACAGCCACCCAAGAAGGUCCUCAAACUGAAUCAGCAUUUAAAUUUGGUUCUGAUGAAUCUACAGUGGCAGCACCUGUAGACACACAGGCAUCUAAGUCAAAGAUGGGAAAGGGUGGAUUUCAAAAGAGGAAAGCAAUCUCUAAAUCAACAGCGAAAAUGCGUUUGCAAGAAGAGACAGAGGCUAUGUCUUUAGGCAAAAACCUUAACAAUAUGGAUGAGAGCAUAUAUACUGAAGCUGUGGACAAGAGUAAGUUUUUGGAUGAGAGUAGCAACCUAUUGAUAGCCCUGGACAAGAAGAAGGAACUAGGAGUAACCAAGUCUGAUGUUCAGCCUCAGCUGUUCACAUCUGAUCAACUUUUGGCACAGAAGAGGCGCCUCAAGAGUGUCAACAGGAAGGCCCAGUUCAAUCCAGUUAAACUGGGACGGCGAGACAUCCUGCGUGACUAUGAUUGGAACAUGGACUUCCUCCCCCUGCCUGCUGUGUCGGACUCGAUACGCAACGAAGCAGUGACGUCGGACCUGGUAUCCCUUGACUUCACUGGCAUAGAACAACUAACAGACAGUCUUUUCCUCUUGUUCAAAUCUACAAGAUCCACUUUCCCUUCCAUGCAGAAGUUCAUUGCAAAUGGGUGUGUUCAUCUCACUGACCAGGGGUUGACAUGGGCAGCAGGGCUCUUUCCAAAAUUAUUAGGGGCAGAGCUUCACGGAUGUCCUAAAAUAACAGAGAAAGGGAUCCAUAUGUUAGCCAAGACGUGUCGCAAGCUACUCAACCUGGGAAUAGUUGGUACUGGAGUUUCCAAGCUGCCAUCAAAACUAUGUGAAACAAAGGUGUCUCAGGUGAUGAUAGAUGGCUGUGCUAUCAUCUCUGGCUGCCCCAAGUUUUCUGUCAACCAAAGUGUUGCAAGUAAAGAUGAAAGCGACUCUGAAGAAUAUGUGAAACUCCCAAACUACAAGAUUGUGGUACAACGUGAUGUGGACAUAGAUGUCAGUGUGACAUCGCUGUUGACUGGCUCAGCAAAUCAGAAGCCUUCCCCUGGGCUAAUGUACAUGAAGGAUUGGUUGCCUGACCCCAGGAGGAAACUUAAAGGCAAAUUCAACAUCCUGGAGGUUCCAGCAGAUAGUCCCCUGGUGGACUCACUGCUCAGUCCUGGCUGCAUCAUGGUGGUGGCCUACACACCCACACAGGCCGACCCUGCAGCCCUCCACCUCCAUCUAGCACGCAGAGUAGCAGCUGCACUGUCCAAGUGUCGUGACGUCGUGGUGAAAUUGUUGGCCGUACAGUCUGGAGAGGCAGUCGGGUCAGCGGAAGACAUCUUGAAUAAUGUGAAAGAGAGGCUACAGAACUGGAAGGGGGCGAUCUACAGUCAGCUGGAUUUUCUAACAGAGCGUGCUUGGCGUCUGGAGUGCACAGACUUCGUGGGACAGAUCGCCAUGGCAGCUGGACAGGCAGACAAGGAGGCUCUGAAGGAACUGCUGGAGAAAGACCUCCUGACAACACUCUCUGUGAGUAAGACCACCCGAGAUACAUCAUCUAUCAGUGACUCAUUCUACAAGUCUGUGACCUCCAUGAUCGUGCAAUUUCCAUGGAUCUUCAACAAAUAUUCAAAGGGAGCAUUGGAUGCGCUGACGGAAAUACGUCCUCGAACCUACUGGAAUCUGGAGAAGGUGUUCUACAAUGUUGCCGAAGACACAAAGCGAUCACUUAAUCCUCGCAACAGUUUCCAGCACAUUGGGAAGCUGUUGCAGUUGCAGAAUACCAUGGGAUUUGCGCUGUACUUCCCCCAUGUGAAGGACAGCCCCUGUGUUACAGACCUACCUCAAUUUGGGGAAAUCCUGCAGAAGUUCCUGAUGAGCAAGCCACCACAGAAGACCAGCAUUAAAUGUUUGGGUUCAGAUAUUCCAGCCUGGGGACCGAGUCAGCUCAAUACAUUUCUGGAGUCCUUUGUCCAUCCUAUUCAGGCAGAAGGCUUGCAUCACCUCCUGAUUGAGCUGGGCCUCCUGCUGCCUUUCCGUACCACCGACAACUCUACACAGUGCUACGUCCUGACAGCUCAUCUACCCUCACUCCCUGCUGUGGAGCUGUCGCACCUCUGGGAGGACGUCUGCCCGUACAGUACACUUCAGGGCCAGAAGUUCUACACAUUCCUGCCUGGCAUUCCGCAAUCCUUCUUCCCAGUCUUGAUGAGACAAUGUAUGAAGGUGUUUCCCCCGACUCUGCUGUGGAGGACCGGUGCCCUCUUCCAGCAAGGACCAGUGUUGGUGCUUCUGGAGUUACAGACCAAUGACGGCACUGAUCUAGAUGGGUCGCCCGUGAUAGCCGUCAGUGCCCGUCUGCCAUGCUUAUCCACAGCUGACCACACGAGUACAGAGUUCUCAAGAUCUUGUGUCUUCGCAACUCUCAACAUUGUCUGUCACUGUGUGGAUUAUCUCAUCAGAAAGUUCAACGUCUAUGCCUAUGUGACGACGCCAUGUCAGAGCUGUUUUGCUGGGAUGAGUCAUGAGAUGGCGCUACAGAGAACGGUCGUGUACCAUUUCAGUGCUGCCGUUGUCCUGGCCGGGCAUGACCGUGGUCUCCACUGUAAAUAUGAGCGAGAGAAAAGUAAUGCCAAGAAACGAGCUGACAAACUGCAGCUGCUUGGAGAAGAUAUCCCCAGCAUUGUCCCCUACCAUAACUACAGCUACCUAGCGGCCAGCAACCCCGUGGUGGAAGCAGGGGACCCAGGAGAGGAUUUCCUGGAGGAGGGCUCCACUCUCCGGAAGAGGGUCACCGUCAGUCCUCGGAUAGACAGGUGCUGCAUGUGUGAUGUCGGCCAGGUGCUACUGUGUCAUCACUGCGGUAUUUGUCGCACCUGUAUCGGACAUCUUGCAGAAAUUGAGAAUUUUGUCAAACCAAGCUUCCUGGGACCACACCACAUUGUAAUGCGAGAUUUGUCACAAGUGAAGGAGGAGAAAAUCCGCAAAGAUGGACACUUCAUUUUUCAAAAUCACAUGAAAACAGGAAUCAGUGGAUGUAUGCUGUGGCCGAACAAAGGGAUUGAUUAUCACAUACUUCAACCCCUAACGCCACAAUACUUCAAUAAACUUACAUUUAUGCCAGUCAUGGCAAAAGAUCUGAGCCUGAAGCUGAUUAUGAAAGGCUAUGAUCAUCCUGUGGUGUACAACUGUUCGUUGGGCACCAUCACUCACAGAGGUGAGAAGAAGUUUGAAGAAGACGAAAGCUGGAAGUGUAGAGGAGGCUACCAGGUACAGCUGGAGAUGAUGGAUUCCAAGGAGGCAGGCAUGGAAGAUGUUGUCAUCAGCUUGUGCGGGCAAGAGAUCUGGCGGAGAAGGUACAGAUGUUCAGAAGCCUUCAUCAUACUGAGUUCCAAUGACUCUGGAAGUGUCAUCAUGCAUACACCUAACAUAAAGUGGCGCCAAGGACCUCGGUUUGAGACUGGUAUGCAGGUCGCCAUCACAACCCUGGACACACACGGGAUUGAGGGGGUCAGGGUCGCUCAAGUUGGAGUUCCAGAUGCAAACUCGUCUGUUGGUUUUCUCCGACUGACACCUGUACACACGCCAGUGACAGGCUUCCUGGUAACAGUCCAAACUGGGGACAAGGACAACUGUGGUACAACGGCCGAUGUCUUCAUACAGCUGUUCGGGGACAAGGCCGAGACAGAAAAAAUACGCCUGAAGAACGCCUCAGACACAUUGUUCCAGAGAAACUCGAAGGAUGAGUUCAAACUCCAAACAUCAGACAUUGGCACCAUUACUAGUAUCAGACUUGGUCAUGAUGGUGUGAGGCAGGAGGACAGCUGGUUCGUGAAGAAUGUCAUCAUCCAGACACCCGUCCUGGAGCUAGCCACCAACUUCAACUGCAACUGCUGGUUUUCAGCACACAAGCAGGACCAACAGAUUGCCCGUCUUUUCUUCCCACAAAGCAGUCAGAUGAAGGGUACCCUGAAGGAAUACUACAACCCACUGAGUGACAGCAUUCAGCCUCUAUCCCUGCAGCAGUGGAAGGACAUCACAGGUCACAGCGGCGAGAUAGAUGCGGACAAGGCUCCUAGUUUGGCUCCAAUGUGGCUGUUUCAUGAGACCCAGUUGCAGAAGGACUAUCGAUCAUUUCUCACAAACGACAUCCCCAAUGUAAACAAUCUCAUUGUACCCUGCACUGAAGUACCCCUACCAUCAGUUGUGUGGUGUAAGAUGAUGAAGAUGAGAGACAAGCUGGAGAGGAUUCUCUUCCAAUAUGAGAGCUUUGACUUUACUGGAAGCUCCAAUGUCCUGCUGCCACAGCAGGUGAGUGAGAAGGAAGCUGAUUGGCCAUCACCACAACUGCUGACCACUCCCACCAACAUGCACCCACUGUGUUAUAUCCGAGGUGACAUGACCACGGUGGUGACACUGCGGCCAACGUACACUCUGCCGGACAUUAUGAGGCCUUUCUGGGCCUCCCAUCUCAUCAGCUCCCAGGGGUUUCCCUUUGACCUUGACCCCAACAACACCAACACAGUGCCUGUCAUGUGGGCGUGGCACUUCGUGCUGGCGCUCAACAAGCAGUUCCAGCUGCCAGACUAUACCGAGGUGUUCCUCAACCCUGACACCCUGCCCUCUACAGACAAGGUGGUGUCACUGCUACAGUUCUACUUCACCCAGAUGUCUUACCGCCUCUUUCUCACCCUGGAUCCCAGCUUCUCUCUGGAGUACUUUGAGGAUGAUGACGUUGUCACUCAGGCAGUUGGGUCAGUCCGCUACCCUGUUCUUGAGAACUUUGACAAGGCUGGCCUUGAGAGGAUGAUCACCCUGUUUGGGGAGGAUGAGAUUUAUCUGUGUAAGUCUCACUACAAUGCAUGGCAAGCCAAUAAAGAACUCAGUGAGGUCCCGCUCAUGAAGCUCAGUGACUACUCCGCUUACCUGCUGUCCCUCCACCUACAGGGCAACAACCUUUCCACCAUUCCUAAACAGCUCUUCCAGCAGCUCCCAAACCUUCAUGACUUGGAUAUUUCCACCAAUCAGAUUCAAGAAAUUCCUGAGGAAAUCGGUCUGUGUACAAAGAUGUUGAAUCUUUCAAUGCACCGUAAUCAAAUCUGUGAUAUUCCUGAAAGCAUCGCUAACAUGACAGAGUUGAACAGGUUGGACAUCAGCAACAACCUUCUGAAGGAAGUCCCAGCAUGCAUCUGCAAGUUGACGAAGCUUGUCUGUUUGUAUAUACGGACUAUGCAGCUGACUUCGCUACCAGACGAAAUAGGGAACCUGACACUUCUGGAGAAGUUCUAUCUGAAUGAGAAUGCCAUAUCAGAACUUCCUCCCAGCUUCACCAAACUCACUAACUUGAAGCAGCUCUCACUGAAUGGUGUGAGCUGGGUCAAGAUCAAAGCCAACACGAUUCUUUCCAAGAGAAACUUUGAGAAUACCCUCAGGGCAGCCAAUCUCCAGCACUUCCUGGACAAGAAUGAACAGGACCGGACAGCAAUCUUCCAGUACUUUGAUGAGAACACCAAUGGUACGCUGGAGCCAGCGGAGAUCGGGAAGCUCAAUGCAACCAUCUUCUACACCUUCCCCAGAUUUGGUUACAUGGGCAGCGAGCCUCCAGAUGAGGACACGCCGUGUGGCUUCCCACAGGAGCUGCUGAGCCUGGAGAAGCUGGAGUAUCUGAGUCUGCAGUACCAGGGCAUCGUGUCCGUCCCAGAGGACAUCGGCCGUCUCAAGAACCUGAAAGUCCUGAACCUGAGCCACAACCCUUACCUCCUGUCCAUCCCCGCACAGACAGGCAGCCUGCCCCUCAAACGACUGGAACUUGACGAAUGCCCAAUGCUGAAGACCCCUCCUAAAGAGAUAAGAGCUAAGGGAUUUUCUGCCACAUGUGCCUACCUGCGCCGUCUGCUGAGUGGGUCUGUAGAAUGUCGGAGAACCAAACUCAUGAUGGUAGGGCUGGGAGGUGCAGGCAAAACCAGUUUGGUGAAGGCAUUACUGAGUGGCAGCCACAAGACGAAGCUGAGUGUUGGAGAGGAUAUCACAGAUGGUAUUGACAUCUGUCCAUGGACAGUGGCGACGGACGAUGGUCAGGUGACGUACAGCGUGUGGGACUUCGCUGGCCAGACUGUGUACUACAACACACAUCAGUUCUUCCUGUCAGACCGAUCCAUCUACAUGCUACUGUGGAACAUUAGACUGGGACAUGAACAUGCAGGACUGGACUUCUGGCUCAACUCCAUCUCUGUACAUGCUCCCAAGGCUCCCAUCUUUGUUGUGGGUACUCAUGUUGACCAGGUGUCAAAGGUGGAGAUUCCAGUGAAGGAGAUGCAGGCACGAUAUCCUCGCAUUGCAGGCUUCCACUUUGUAUCCUCCCACUCAGGACAGGGUGUAAAAGAACUUCAGGACCAUGUGCUGGAUGUUACCCUCCAGCAGCAGUACAUGGGGGAGAAGAUACCGGGGGUGUGGCUCAGCUUUGAGGAACAGAUCAAGAGCCUGAAGGACAGCAGUGUGAUAGAGUACAAGGACCUGGAGAAGAAGGCCCAUGUCUCUGGAAUCUUCUCCCAGUCAGAGGUGUCCCAGGCUGUUCAGUUCCUGCAUGAGCUAGGAUCCCUCCAGUACUUCACCAACGAUUACCUCAAGUCCUACGUAGUGGUCAACCCUCAGUGGAUCGUUGAUGUUAUGGCCUGUGUCGUGUCUGUCAAGGACUCCCAUAUCAAGGAUGGUCGCUUGAGACAUGAUGAGAUUCAGAAUGUAUGGCGAGAUUACCCAGAAGCCCUCCACAGUUGGAUGUUGCGACUGACAGAGGAGUUUGACCUGACGUUCCAGCUGGCAUCAGAAGAGGUCAACCUCGUGCCCUGCUUGUUGCCAGAGAGGGAGCCUGAGUUCAGCUGGCCAGAGGUACAGAAGAAUGGAACCAGUCGUGAAACCAAGAUGGUAUACAAGUUUGACUACCUGCCUGCCGGACUCUUCAACAGGGGACAGGUGCGGCUACACCAGUUCAGUGACAGUGCCAUGAUAUGGAAGAGAGGUUCAUUCCUCCGGAAGAACAAGCAUAUAUGUCUUAUACAGCAGACCAGGGAGUCUGAGCUGAUAGUACGAGCCCAGGGUCCACGUCCCGAGAACAUCGUGUUCCUUGUCCAUGAGGUGUUUGAAACUCUCAUAAUGGAGUCCUUCAAGGGCGUAACCUACGACUACCUGUUGCCCUGCCCGGACUGUCUGAAGCUGGUGCUGAAAGAUCCCCACAUGUUUGCGGCAUCCACCAUCAGACGAGCCACAGAACUGCGGGCACCAUUCCUGCAGUGCCUCAAGUACUUCCACACCAUCUCUCUUGUGGAACUUCAAGGGAUGAUGCCACCAGACUCCCAUGCCACCUAUGACAUCCACCUGGUGCAGGCUGUGCAGGGCCUGAAGGAGCUGUCCAAGGACUUGGUGGCAGAUAUCUUUGUGUCGUACUGUGAGAAGAAUGCACCUGAGGACAGAUCCAACAGGAUCAUCAUCCACCCCUCGACUGUGUGCAGCGACCUGGAGAAGGCAGAUUAUAAAUGCUGGUACCAGGAAGAGUCCCACAAGAACACCACAGAUGAGAUGGCCAAGGCCCUGAUGGACGCAGGGGUCAUCCUUGUCUUCAUAUCCAACGAGUAUGUGAAUGACGAGAACUGCUGUAACCUGUUCAAGUAUGCCCGUCUGACGCUACGGAAACCCAUCAUCUUGGUCGUGGUGGGAUCUGGCAUGGAGUGGAAGUCCAGUAGACUUGGCAUUCUGCUGGCUGAUGAGGUGUAUGUGACCAUGCAGCAUCCAGACAGAUACAAACACAAGUUUGAUGAGUUGAUGAAGGUGUUGAAGGUCAGGGUCAAGAAGGAGACAGAGAAUCAGGACUUCCCGCCAUGUUUCAUCAGCUACUGCUGGCAGAACUCCGCUGAGGCCGUUGCAAGGGGCACAAGAUCUACAGAAGGUGCUGUAGGAUAUGGUGAUCCACGAGCUAUAAAGAAAUACCUUGACGACCAUGGAGUCCAGUGCUGGCUGGAUGUUGAGCGAGUUGGCCUGCACGGCCUGUUUGAGGAUAUUGCUGAGGGUCUCCUAAAUGCUCGGGCUGUGAUUGUAUGUGUCUCAGACCAGUAUGCUGAAUCAGCCAACUGUGCCAUGGAGUUCCGCUACGCAGCCAACACUCUCAAGCUGCCUGUUGUCCUCGCUGUGGUGGGAACAGGAAACAGCUGGAGAGCCUCAGAGAUUGGUGUGCUGUCCCUGAAAUACCCUAUAGUCAGCUUCCAAGAGAACAACCAGAAUGCCUUUGAUAAACUCCUCAGUAUUGUGAAGGAAACUCUGGCUACAUCCACCAUCACUCUCACUCCCAAACAGAAAUUGGACAAAACCAAUGAGCAGCAGAAGGACCUGUCUUACCAGGAGCUAUGUGAGCUGGCACAGAGGAAGUUCCUGCGGCAGAUCGUGCAGUAUGCGGAGGAGCAGGACAUCACAGCACCGUAUCCCAGACUCUUCCUCAUCGACUUUGUGAAGGAGGAACCAGCAGCUGGUGAGGACACCCCCCAGAAGGAGACGUCCGAGAAGGAGACACCCCGGACACAGGAGACACAGGCCUCAGCACAUCACGGCAGCAAAGACUUUCUCAAACACCCCCUCUGUAUCCACUUACUCUGUGAACAUGAUGAGGGAUGGCACAGUUGCGGGGAGCCUCUACCCCUGGUGUUCAGCAACACCAGCCUGGAGAAGUGUGUGCCGUACAUUGCCAGAAUCACUGCCAUUGCUCAGUACAGCAAGAAACUGGUCCUCAAUUGCCUGGCUACAGAGGCAGGACGCGAGUUUAUCAAAUGGGUGGAGGAGAGCCCCCUGGUGGUGGACUCCUCUGACUUCUGCCAGAUCUAUCAGGACAUCAGACAGGAGGCUAUACUGGCAGACCCAGACAGAGCCAUGGGCAAACUGGCAAGACAGGAGGCUAGUAUAUACUGGCAGACCCAGACAGAGCCAUGGGCAGACUGGCAAGGUAAGUUCAAGGAAAACAUUGGAACUAAGAGAGGAGGCUAUACUGGCAAACCCAGACAGAGCCAUGGUCAAACUGGCAAGGUAAGUUCAAGGAAAACAUUGGACGUCAGACAGGAGGCUAGUAUAUACUGGAGGACCCAGUCAGAGCCAUAUGGGCAGACUGGCAAGGUAAGUUCAAGGAAAACAUUGAACAUCAGACAGGAGGCUAUACUGGCAGACCCAGACAGAGCCAUGGGCAAACUGGCAAGGUGUCAUCUACCCAAUGGAAAGACAGUUUGGCUGUGUGAAGAACAUCGGAACAAGAUGCGAGUGACGGUGCUGAGUGAUGAGGCGGCAGUGACCUCCCAUGGGUCAGGUGACCUUGGACGGGUCGACUACAUGCUGGAGGCUAUGAAGGGGCUGGACAUGCGGAAGGUGCCUGCUGGGAUACGCAGCCUUGCGGUGGAUCAGAAGGCAAGAAGGACCACACACACCGGAGGAGGAAGCCAUGUGCGCGAGGCUUCUGGUAGCCAGGACGAGGUGGAUGGUGCUGGGGAAGACCUGGAGAAGCCAGAGGAAAGGCCAUCAAGUGAUGCCUCAAACACAUCCCAGGCAUCGAGUCAACAGUCGGCUGUUAGCCAGUUGUCACAGUCAAAUGCAUCUCCAGCACUCAGGUCUCUCAAACCACGAGGGACAGCUCGACGUCCUCGUAUUGGAAACAAGACAAAGAGUAGAGCCUGCUCUGUCAUGUGACAAGGGUCAUGAAGAAGUAGGUCUCCCAAGGCAACACUAGGCAAUCAUGUGACCUUGUCUUCAAUAUGAUGAUAUUGUGUUACCUUUUCUGAAACAACUUCUGUAAUUUUGUCCACUACAUUCAUCAAUAAGCUGUUUAUAUUAGAUCUUCAACUGGUCUUAAUUUGUUUAGCUGAGCAUGUGGAGGAUGAAACUGGAUGUGUACCUAAGGUUAUGAGUUCAGGUUUCCUCAGUUCUGAAUGAUUGUAAAAAGAUCUGUCUUUCAUGAGAUUAAUCAUUGAGAAAAACUUAAGUGCUAUUGCAUUUAUCUACUUGCUGAAACAAACUAACCUAUGACGUUGUGUAACUUGAGCUAAAUUUUCUAUUGGUUCUUGAACUUUGUUUUAAAUUUAG